AUGGACAUACCCACCCCCAAAAUCGCCGUCCUCGUCAACACCCCACCAGAAAACCACGCCUUCUGGACAGACGUGCGACAAGCGUGGCAACAAGCUCUCACGAAAAGUGCACCUUCAGUCAAAGUCGACCUCUACGAUCCCGUCUUUGAAAAGGACUUUCCCGAUCCGCUGAAAUAUGACCUGAUCGUUCUGAGUGGCGGCAAAGCAGACGCAUCCUCUUCUGAGCCCUGGGUGCUGGGGGUCCUUGAUUUCGUGCGUGCGACUGCGCGCGAGGCGCCGAAGACGAAGAUGCUGGGUAUCUGCUGGGGUCAUCAGGCUGUGGCGAGGGCGUUGGGUGGGGAGGUUGGAGCUGUUUCGACUGGGCCGAUUGCCGCUAUUCAAGAUAUCCCUCUCACGGACGCAGGCAAGGAGUUCUUCCCGUUCGCCGCGGGCACUGGUUCCUACAGAGCACCGGAAUUCCACGUCCGCGAGGUCUCCAAGCCCGCCCCCGGCUUCAUCUCCCUCGCCUCGAACCACGAAUGCUUCGUCAACAAGACAAACACAAUCCUCUCCUUCCAGGCACACCCCGAAAUCUCAAAUGACCUGGCGAAGAAAAUGCUCCUCGAAGAAGACAAGGAGUACAAUGGGAACUCGACGGCAGAGCAGCUGGAGGCCGAGGUGCAGAAGCUUGAGCAGCCAACUGAUGGAGUUGACUUGUUGAACCGGGUUAUUCAGUGGCUGCGCGAGUAA